AUGAGCACACCGGAGGCCGGCGCCGCAUCGGCGGUCCCAUCCAAGCCUGCUGCAUCCCCGCAUAUCGUCGCCGACGCGCCUUUAAUCGACAAGCACCCCCGCUCCGCCGACGAUGACACGCCCCUCCCAGACGCCAAGCGUGUCAAGACCGAGGCAAUGGAUCUUGAACAAGCUGGCGGUGAUGGGGUGACUGCUUCUAUAGGAACACAGGUCCCAUCAGUGACUCCAGCCUUGGCGCGAGACAGCAUGACCACCGUGUCCGACCAACACCCACACGUUGACAUCGACCACGACCGCGACGGCGAGAGUGAAAUCGAUUCCACCCGCAGUGCACCCCCAGCAUCCUCUACACCCGCCAGUGCUACCGCCAGCGCAUCCGCCUCUGCUGCGGCUAGUCCGGACAAGAAGAGCGCAGAGGACAAGAAGGCGCUCGAGAGGCGUCUGCGUAAAGCCGCGCUUGACAAGCAGCGUCGCGAGCGCAAAAAGGCAGAGAAGAUCGCGGCCGCUGCUGCUGAGGCUGCUGCUGCUGCGUUGGCCGCCGAGUCGCCUGCAUCGGUGCCGGACAAGUCCGAGAAGAGUGAGAGCAAGGACAAGAAGCGGCCAAGAAGCAAGCUCGACGAGCUCAAGGCCGAGCGCGCGCGUUCCGCGUCUACUGGGCCCGGUACUCCCCGUUCUGGCGCGGCAGGAGACGACGACGACCAGUAUUGCGUGUGCAAGGGCGCCAACGAGGACGACGAGACAUACAUUGGCUGCGAGGUGUGCGACAACUGGUUCCACCCUUCCUGCAUGGGCAUCGCGGAGAACGACGUCGACCUGCUCGACGUGUACGUCUGUCCACCGUGCGAGGAGCGGACAGGCAAGAUCACCGUCUACAAGCGCGUGUGUAAGCGCGGCGGCUGUGAGCGUACAGCCAGGCCAGAGUCCAAGUUCUGCUCGUCACGGUGUGCGUUCCAACAUGCUCAAGGCGUUGCCGCGUCCAUCGACAAGGCUGGACAAGAGAACCUCACAAAUGCUCUGGCAGCUUACCCGUCCCCUACACCCAGCGUCGCCAUCGAGACCCACGCCGCCGGCAGCUCGCCGGCCGCACACCUCCCCGAGACUGGCGGGGCGGCAGCCCUCCUCGCCAGUCUGGAGGCUCAGGCCGAGGACGUUGCUCGUGCCGCCCAGGUUGUUGCCCAGCGCCAGGCCCUUCUUGCGCGUGCAGUUGAGAGAUGGGAGGCUCUCGCCCCAGCCCCUCUUCCCGAGGGAUCCGCCCCGGCCCCCAAGAAAAAGAGCAGCAAGAACAAGCGUCGCGACGGCGAGGCGGCUGCUGCCGCUGAGAGGCCGUGUGGAUUCGACCACCGGCUCCUCUGGGAUGACGGACCCGUGGCCGAGUGGGCCGCAGGCGGCGUCGAGGAGGCUGGAGAGGAAGAGACGUGUGCGGCAAGGAGGAGGUGUGAGCGGCACCAAGGCUGGCAGAGGACCAUCGGCGUCGCACUGGACGUCGAGUAUGCGCAGCUGGAGCGCCGAAAGGCCGAACUGGACGGCAUGGUGGACCGCGUGGAGCGUACGGAUGCGGCAGAAGCUGCAGGGCAGAGGAGCAGGGCAGCUGUGCACGCACGUUUAGGAUAG